AUGAAUAAUCCCGUCAAUUCUGGCGUUCCCGGACCUCCUUCGGUUCCGCCGGCGGCGGCGGCGCCGCCAAUCACCAGCACGUCCGCCAGCACUCUGUCCUUCGGUGACGAUCCUAGCAAGAAGAUUCGGAAGCCGUACACGAUUACGAAGUCGAGGGAGAGCUGGACCGAACAGGAGCACGACAAGUUUCUAGAAGCUCUGCAGCUAUUUGAUCGCGAUUGGAAGAGAAUUGAGGCCUUUGUUGGGUCGAAGACAGUGAUUCAGAUACGCAGCCAUGCGCAGAAGUACUUUCUGAAGGUUCAGAAGAGUGGCACAAGCGAGCAUGUGCCUCCACCGCGGCCGAAAAGAAAGGCAUCUCAUCCUUACCCGCAGAAGGCUCCUAAAAUUGCUCCUGUUGUUCCCCAACUCGCUGGUCUUUUCCCCGCUUCCAUUGAAAAUGGAUACAUUUACAGGCCAGACUCGUCUUCGGUUCUUGGAAGUCCCAUGUCUGGUGGAGCUUUAUCUUCUUGGAACUAUUACUCUAUGCCACAAGUAGCUCAAGACGAUACAGGGGUAGUUGGAACAGCGACUGCAAAUACCUGUUGCUAUAGUAGUAACAAUGAAAGUACGCCAAGGACAUGGCCACCUCACCAAAUAGUUCACAGAGAAGAUCAGAAUAAGGCAGUUAGAGUGAUGCCGGACUUUGCUCAAGUGUACAGCUUUAUUGGGAGUGUUUUUGACCCUAGUGUGGGUGGCCACGUUGAGAAAUUGAAGCAGAUGGAUCCUAUAAAUCUCGAAACUGUGAUGUUGUUAAUGAAGAACCUGUCCUUCAACUUGGCAAGUCCUGAUUUUGAGGAUCAUAGAGAAGUGCUGGCAUCGCACGAUCCAGCUACAGAAAGAGGAAGCCCUUAUGGUAAUAAAACGCCUGAUACACCGGGGAGUGCAAUUCCGGCAGUCUGA